CGGCCCGUCGCUCCCGCUCCCGCGGGAAAAUCCGACUGAGGCGUCGGGGCCACCGCCCCUUUCUGCCCUCUCUUGCUUGCCUGAGGCUGCCGGCUGUGAUGGAGGAGGAAACGGCAGAGGAGCAGCAGCAAUUCUCUUACCAACAGAGGCUAAAGGCAGCAGUUCACUAUACUGUAGGUCGUCUGUGUGAGGAAGUUGCAGUGGACAAAGAGAUGCAGUUCAGCAAACAGACCAUUGCAGCGAUUUCGGAGAUGACCUUUCGGCAGUGUGAAAAUUUUGCCAAAGACCUUGAAAUGUUUGCAAGACAUGCAAAAAGAAGCACAAUUACCACUGAAGAUGUGAAGCUGUUAGCCAGGAGGAGUAAUUCACUGGUAAAAUACAUUACAGAGAAAAGUGAAGAGAUUGCUCAGAUUAACCUAGAACGAAAGGCAAAGAAGAAAAAGAAGUUAGAGGAUGAAAACAAAAAUGUAAAUGAGCCAGCAGAGGCUGGAGCAGAAGAAAAUGAGGAUUAAACUCUCUCAACACAUGGAAAAUGCAGUUUUUAGCAGGUAGAGUCACCUAGAAAUGUGUAUUGUCACAAAAAGAAUUUUGAAGGGAUAAAUAGAAAUU